AAACUGCUCAGUCGUUUCUUGUCAACAUACGGACCCGCUCGCGUUCUUUCACGAAACGCACAACACACGUGCUGAUUUACGAUACUAAUUAAUUACUGCAAGUGUCUGUGUAAAUUCUAUGGAAUCAAAUUGAGCGUUCCAUCAUAAUACGUUUAACCUUAUAUCAAAGUACAUCUAUUUUAGAUUAUUUUAUAUGUUUUUCGUAUUGACAAAGUUUUGUAUUAUCUUGGCCAAAAAGUGUUUGGAGAAUGUAUUAAGAAUUGUAUGCUGAUUAUAGUUCAUCAAAAUCUCUGCAAUCGUUCGCCGAAGAAACACAACGCGUCGUGUAAUUGGUGAAGUGAUAAUUAAAAAGUGACAGUGAAAUUUAAUAUGACGGAGCAGUACUUGAUAGCUGUCGUUUUGAUUAUAUUAUCCUUGACAAAUACAGGGGUUCAAUCUCUGCAAUGCUACCAGUGCCUGAUCAACCCUCCACUCGGUUACUACUACAACAACACGAAUCGACUUUGCGUCCACUUCGACCACUCAGACAAGUUUAUCGUCGAAUGUCCAUACUCUACGAUGUGCAUGAAACAGGAAUUUCAUCUUGAUAUUCAGAACGGAGUUAGAAUAAAAGGGAUCCUCCGCGACUGUGCACCUCAAAAAUAUGACUACCAGGAGUACAAGAAUGGUGUUUGGUCCCCGAAAACAGAAGUCAUGGAGCCAUAUAAAGUAGGCUGCCAGGAUAUUGAUGACAAAGGACAGAGAACAACUCCUACAAGAUACUGCUAUUGCCGUAGCAAUCUCUGCAACUCUUCGCCAUCCGUGACUCACGAAGGCUACACCGACAUUAUGGGAUUCAUUGUAGUAUUCAAUCUAAUGAAAUAUAUAAACAGUCUUAGGUAGUUGUCAAUAUUGCCUUAGGUAGUUUAAUAUUUAUGACGCAUUACGCUCACUCGACUCAUCGCAGAGCUAUUUGUGAUAUUUUUAUGUAAAUAAUACGAAAACAGACAUGUUUUUUUGUUGUAUUUGAAUAGGUUUAGUUGGACGAAUUCGUUUUAAGUCUUUAAGGUUUCUACAUAUUCUAUAUAACAACAUCUACACUGGGGACCAUCAGUGAUUUUGAUAAAUACCUCAAUGAAUGUUGCAAGUAAUAUAAAAAUAGUUAUUUAAUAAAAGUGAUUAAUUUCAAAAUCUUCAUGUAUUGAGUAGUACCGUUUCAUUUUAUUGUUCUCUGUGUAGUUCCUCAUGACUUACACUUGAUAUAGUGUAUUCUAAAAAUGCAUGACUUAUUUAAAACAAAAAAAAAUGCCUUUUUAGGCAGACAAGCAUACGGCCCACCUGAUGGUAAGUGGUUACCACCGCUCAUGGACGUCAGCAAUGUCAA